CCUAAUUCGCAUCAUAUUCAAUCUUUCAAAGUGUAAAGUAUGGCCACUUUAACACAGAAAUUUCACGGACUUCUGCAACACCCGCUGGAGCCACUGUUUCUUCCCAAGAACGAUGGCACACUUUUCUACGAUCUUCCGGAGCGCUUCCUUACCUCGCGCUAUAGUCCGAUUGGGCAAAAUUUGGCCAAUCGCUUUGGACCCAAUUCAUCUGCCUCGUCGCAAGUCAGCAAUGACACGGGCGUGCCGCCAACGGUGGUGACCAUCAAAGAUUUGGACGAGCUUCCGGAUCUUACGUUCGCCACGUGGAUUAAACGCCGGGACUCGUUCUCCCUAUUCAAUCCGGAACAUCGGAAAGCGGCAGGAAAGCUGACCAAGCUGUUCUUGGAUCAACCGAAUGCGGAUAGGCUCGUCGAUGUGGCCGCUUACGCUCGCGAUCGUCUAAAUGCACCAUUGUUCCAGUACGCACUGUCCGUGGCGUUGCUGCACCGUCCGGACACGAAGAGCGUGUCCGUACCGUCGUUGUUACACCUGUUUCCAGAUCAGUUCAUUGAUCCGGCUGCCCAGGUAAGGAUGAUGGAAGAAGGAUCAAUCGUGCUGGAUGAGAACCGGAUGCCGAUUCCCAUUCCAAUGAACUAUACCGCUACGGAUGCAGAGCCUGAGCAGCGAAUGGCAUUCUUCCGAGAGGAUAUUGGAGUAAAUCUGCACCACUGGCACUGGCAUUUGGUCUAUCCCGCUUCUGGGCCACCGAAUGUUGUGCGGAAGGAUCGACGGGGCGAGCUGUUCUACUACAUGCACCAGCAGUUGCUCGCCCGCUAUCAGAUUGAUCGUUAUGCGCAAGGACUGGGACGAAUCGAACCCUUAGCUAAUCUGCGCGAACCGGUGCGCGAAGCCUACUACCCUAAGUUGUUGCGUACAUCCAACAAUCGCACCUUCUGCCCCCGAUAUCCCGGGAUGACGAUCAGUGACGUUGCACGCAGCGCCGACCGAUUAGAGGUUAGAAUAGCUGAUAUCGAAUCGUGGCUUCCCCGCGUACUAGAGGCGAUCGAUGCUGGAUUUGCAGUUAGUGAUGACGGUGUAAGAGUGCCUCUGGACGAAACAAGAGGUAUAGACGUGUUGGGUAACAUUCUCGAACGAUCGGCCAUCUCGAUCAAUCGCAAUUUGUACGGUGAUGUGCACAAUAUGGGACAUGUGCUGCUGGCUUUCAUUCACGAUCCACGCGGAACGUAUCUGGAAUCGUCCGGAGUGAUGGGAAGUGUAGCAACCGCUAUGCGGGAUCCGAUCUUUUAUCGCUGGCACAAGUUCAUCGACAAUAUUUUCCUCCGGAACAAAGCUCGUCUCGCUCCGUACACCAUGGCCGAACUUUCUAAUAGCAACGUAACGCUGGAAGCGCUUGAAACGCAGCUCGAUCGCGCUGGUGGCGCUGUCAACAGUUUUGUAACCUUUUGGCAGCGCUCGCAAGUUGAUCUGCGUGCUGGAAUAGACUUUUCUGCAGCGGGCAGUGCCUUCGUUAGCUUCACGCAUCUUCAGUGUGCUCCAUUCGUUUAUCGGCUUCGCAUCAAUUCGACUGCUCGCUCAAACAGACAAGACACGGUACGGAUCUUUCUCUUGCCGCGCCAAAACGAACAGGGUCGCCCUUUGUCUUUUGAGGAUCGUCGUCUGCUGGCCAUCGAGCUGGACAGCUUCCGUGUAAAUUUGCGCCCCGGCAUGAACAACAUCGUACGGCAGUCGUCCAACUCGAGCGUUACGAUUCCGUUCGAGCGGACCUUUGGUAACGUGGAGCAGGCUAACGCAGGCAAUGCACAAUCGCGAUUCUGUGGUUGCGGUUGGCCGGCACAUAUGCUACUGCCGAAAGGGAAUGCGAACGGCGUCGAGUUUGACUUGUUUGCAAUGGUCUCGCGGUUUGAAGACGAUAACGCUAACGUUAACUACGAUGAGAAUGCUGGGUGCGAUGAUUCUUAUGCGUUCUGCGGACUGCGGGAUCGCGUUUACCCUAGCCGUCGUGCGAUGGGCUUUCCAUUCGAUAGAAGAGCAUCAAACGGUGUUAGAUCAGUGGCAGAUUUCGUUGCACCGUACAAAAACAUGCGAUUGGCGACUGUGACCUUACGUUUCAUGAAUACUAUUAUCGAUCAUAAACCACCAAUACUAGCAACGAUGUCGGACAACAAGAAGCUUCUGGCCCUGCUGCAGCGCCCACUGGAGCCAACGUUCUACCCAAAGGACAAUGGCAAAACCGUGGUCGAUCUACCGGAAAACUUCCUGACUGAGCGGUACCGUCCGAUCGGCGCCUCACUGCAGAGCCGCUUCGGAAACGAUGCCGAUACGCGCAUUCCCGUAAGGAAUGUGUCGCCGCCGGCCAUUUCCUUCGCGGAGGCCGUACCGCGCCGGGGAGGCUUUUCGCUGUUCAACCCAAAGCACCGUCAAAUUGCGGGCGAUCUUAUCAAUCUGUUUAUGAACCAGCCGGACGUUGAGACGCUGAUGAGCGUGGCGGCUUACUCGCGUGAUCGACUGAAUCCGAUCCUGUUCCAGUACGCGCUAUCCGUUGCGAUUCAGCACCGUCCGGAUACGAAGGAUCUGAACAUUCCCUCGUUCCUGGAGCUGUUCCCGGACUCGUUCGUUGAUCCGAGCGUGUUUCCUAAGCUCCGUGAGGAGGGUGCCAUCGUACAGGCCGAGAACAGAAUGACUAUUGAUAUUCCGAUGAACUAUACUGCCUCCGAUCGGGAGGAUGAGCAGCGUUUGGCCUACUUCCGCGAGGACAUCGGUGUGAACCUGCACCAUUGGCAUUGGCAUCUGGUGUAUCCGGGCGAGGGUCCCGACCGUGUCGUCAACAAGGACCGCCGUGGUGAGCUGUUCUACUACAUGCACCAGCAGUUGAUUGCUCGCUACAAUGUGGAGCGCUUCUGCAAUCGUCUCGCUCGUGUACGACCACUGACGAACCUGCGUGAGCCUUUGCCGGAAGGAUACUUCCCGAAGAUUAUUCGCAGCUUGAAUAACCGGGCGUUCCCACCGCGUCCACAGAAUACUGUUUUGAGGGAUAUCAAUCGCGUGGAUGAUAGUGUUACCUUUACGGUGAGCGAUCUUGAACGCUCGGAAUCUCGCAUUGCCGAAAGCAUUGACGGUGGAUACGUCGUGGGCCCCGGUGGUAAUCGUAUUCCUCUGGACGAGCGCACCGGUAUCGAUGUGCUGGGUAACAUCAUGGAACCGUCGGCACUGUCGGUGAACAGCCAGUUCUAUGGAAACUAUCACGGAAACUUGCACAACAUCAUCGCAUACAGCCAUGACCCAGAUAAUCGCUUCCUGGAGGGAUACGGUGUGGUGGGCGAGUUCCAGACCGCUAUGCGUGACCCAUCGUUCUACCGUCUGCACGCCCAGGUGGACAAUAUGUUCCAUCGCUACAAGCGCACGCUGCAGCCGUACAAUGCUAAUCAGCUGAACUACAAUGGCAUCCAAAUCCAAUCGCUUGGAGUGCAGCUGAACCGUGCCAAUGCACCGGCCAAUGUGCUGCUGACGUACUGGCAACGAUCGCAGGUUGAUCUCGCUACGGGACUCGACUUCGGACCGGAAGGAAACGUGUUUGCAUCGUUUACGCAUUUGCAGCACGCACCGUUCACCUUCAGACUGACGGUGAACAACACUAGCGGAGCUACACGCCGUGGAACAUGCCGUAUCUUUAUUGGCCCGAAGGUGGAUGAACGCAACACUGGUCUGACAAUGGAUGAGCAACGCCUGUUGAUGAUUGAGCUGGACAAGUUCACCGUUAACCUAAACCCUGGUACGAAUAACAUCGUCCGCCGCUCGGAACAAUCCAGUGUAACCAUUCCGUACGAGCGAACCUUCCGUCAAGUCGCGCUGUCUAACAUCAACGAGCCAAGCACGGAACAGUUCCGCUUCUGCAACUGCGGCUGGCCGCACCAUCUGCUGAUUCCGAAGGGCACUCCCGAAGGCAUGCAGUUUGAUCUAUUCGCCAUGAUCUCCAACUACGCUGACGAUACGGUCAACCAGGAGUUUGAUGAGAAUGUUAACUGCAACGAUUCGCACUCGUUCUGUGGACUGCGCGACCAGCUGUACCCUGACCGACGCCCGAUGGGUUAUCCGUUUGAUCGCCGCAUGCCAACCGCUGUGAGAAGUUUGACCGAUUUUACCCGCGGUAACACCAACAUGGCAACGUCGCAGGUGCAGAUCCGUUUCACCAACACUGUCAUUGCCAGAACUUAA